CCUCCCCGAGCCAGCUGUUCUCUCUCUCUCUCUCUCUCUCUCUCUCUCUCUCUCUAUAACCACUCGGAAUCUUCAUCCGUAAUCGCCGGCAUUGUCCUCACCGCCGAUCCGACGUUCUCUGGUCUCGCUGUCGCCGGGGCAACCCGAUCUCGAGUUAUCUGUUUGUGAUCCGUCGGUGGGAAGCUGUAAGAAUGAUUGCGGAGGUGGAGAGACUUCAAGGGGAGCUGCCCUCGAAGGUUGAAAACGGGAAUGUGGAUGAGGAAAAGCAGGAUAUAGUAGGUUCGGGUCCGAAUCAGGACGUGGCCAAUGGGAUCAGCCAUGGCGGCAAUGACAACGGCAAUGGCAAUGGCAAUUGCAAUGGCGACGACAAGGAGGAGACCGACGGUUCCUACGUUUUCGUGACGGAGAACGAUACUGUCGGUGAUGAUCAUCCUGAGGAGUCUGACUCGAACCCUCACAGCAUGUGUGAUGUUGAUAGGCCUUCGGAUUCUAAUGUUGAGAAAAGCGGAGAUGGGGUUGCGAAGGGACAGAAUGGGAAUUCUGUGGAGCAGAAGAUGGAGAAUGGAAGACCCGUUGAUCCCUCUGUCGAGGUUGCCCUGGAGAGUAAUGCCAUGGCAGAGCCUGAGCCAGGAAUGGCCGAUGAUGGAUUGGUUGAAGCUGUUGCAGAGAUCACAAAGUCAGAAAUUGGGGAAAGAGAAAAGUUGGAAUCUACAGAGGAAGUGGAUCAUGUUCUAGAUUCUGAAGUCGAACCCUCGGGUUUGCAGGAGACACCUGAAGAGCAAAUCAACUCGAAUGGGAUAGAUGUGGAGGGAGAUCAGGGGAAUAAGAUUGAAGGGCAAGACAAAUCUGAUAUGGAUGUUGAGCAACCAGUUGAGAUGAACGAUGGAAGGGAGUCAACAUUGGUCAGUGAUGAGACAUCUCUAGAUGAUCCUAUGAGUUUUGAACGAUCUAACCAAACAGAUUCAGGUUAUACCUUCAAUGUAUCUGAAUCUGUCAUUGGAUCAGAGUCCACAGCUGUUGCAGAACCUCUUUCUAUUGAAAGAGGUAACAGCCCAAUAGAGUCUGACGCAGUAAAAGGUUCUGCUUCUGACGAAAACGGUGAUGUUCAAAUGGUCCCGGAGGCAGAAAAAGGCCAAUCUUCUCAUGAUGCAGAUGCUGCUACCGAGGUUGGUGUCCCAAAUGCAAAUGGUGAUGCUGAGGUAGAGACUCAAACUCAUACUGUCCCCAGCUUGGAUGAAGAUGCCAGCAAGCGAUCAGAAUCUCGGGUUCUUGAAGUUCACGAUUCUGUUUCUGACGAAGGAGCCGAGUUAGAGCUUGAGGCUAUUGAUAUUCCUGCUUCUGAUGAAAGGAGUGACAUUGUUGGCCUCGUAGAAGACAAUGUUUCAGGUACUGCUAUUGCUGAUGAUGACUUGUCUUGUACUAACCAGCAGGAACCUGAACAUGAUGGGAAACCUGAGCUGGUCGAAACCUUGGGGAGUGAUGCUGACGAGGUCUGCCAAAUCACGGACAAGGAAGCUGAAAGCUCGCCUGCAAGUGAGAGAAGUGAAUUGCACAUUGAGGAUAAGCCAUUAGGUGGAAUGGAUUCCGAAACCACGGCCUCUGAAUUGGCUGAAAAAUCUGUGAAUGUAGCAUCUGAUGAAAUGGAUGUUUCUGCAUCUGAACCUGAAGCUGCCCAAUCGGGUGAAACAUGCGGUGAACCACACGUCGAUUCUCCCAUUCCCGAACACGGUAAGGUAGACACAGAAGCCGAGAAUAAUUCAAACGUGAAUGGUAUUGAGGAAACUCCAGAGGAUGUCAGUGAGGAUACAAUAACCGAAGAAUUUCGUGAGGCAGAGCCGUCAAACAUCAAAGAAAGCUCGUCGAGGAAUGCUGCUGAAGAAGCCGAGCCAGGUACCGAGAGCUUUUAUAAUACAGAAUUUCCUCUUCUGUCCAGUUGUAAGGUAAAGCCAGGCGAUCCCAAGGGGAAAGAAAACAAGCCAAGUUGGGCAACUGUCUUUCUUACAUCAAAAGCCAAGACCGUUGUCCGGAAUCUUGAACCUGAAGUGACUGUAUCUACUGAUACCAAGCAUACCGGAAAUGAAAAUUUGACUUCAGAAGCAGUAGCUGACGGUGCAGAAGACAGAGGAGGAGGCGAUGUAAUUGAUGAUGGAAGUAAGACCAGUAUUUCUGCUGUAGAUGAGAAACCUGGAGUUGAUGUUCAAUCUGAAUCGAGAUGUACAGCCGACACUGCUGAUGAUGCAACAGAUGCUAAAGUUGCUUCAGCCUGUGAGGACAGUGAUGGGCAAUCGGUGAAUCUCCACGUAAAUGGAGGAACUCCGAAGGAUCAUCAAGCUUCGGCAUCUUCCGGAGAAGUUUCUGCAGUCAAAGCUUCUGAAGGGCAUGCUGUAGUUGCAGAGAUAGAGAGAAAGCAAUUUUACUUUCUGCCUAAGGUUCCAAGAUACGUCGAUGAAAAGUUAGCAGAGCAACUCAGGCUUGCUGAGGCACAAGUUGAUCAGAAUACGCAAACCCGAGAUGCUAUCGGAUCUGAAAUCCAGAAUAUCAAGGUGACUUGCAAUGAGUAUGAUGCCGUUUUCAAGGCAGCCAUUGCAGAAGAGAAAUCUGCAAGAAAAGCACUGCAAGCGAAACGGCAGGAAAUUGAAUCGCUUCAGUCUGUCAUUAACCGGGUUAAGAGUGCGGUUUCAGUUGAUGAUAUUGAUUCGAAGAUACGUAACAUGGAACACAUGAUACAACACGAAACUUUACCCCUGAACGAAGAGAAGCGACUGAUCCGUGAGAUAAAGCAGCAGAAGCAGCUCCGUGAUCAGAUUUCUUCUAACAUGGGUACACAGGAUGAAGUUCGACAGGCAUUAGAUGACAAAGAGAAAACCGAAGAACUCUUAAAGGCAUUCAGGAAGGAACUAGACAUGCUGAGAAAUGAUCUCUCGAAAGCGGAAGCAGUGACAAAAGCUGCUCGGAAAAGGCGUGACGAGGAAUGGGAAAGGCAGAGCAAACUGCGAGAACAGUUCACAGCAGCUGAUUCGGUUCGCCAAGAUUCAUACGUUCUGCUACAGGGUUUGAAGAAACAGCUAAGAGAAAAGAACAAAUAUUUCUUCAAGUACAGAGAUGAUUUGAAAGCUGCUACAGAAAUGGCUUUGAAGAAAGACAGAGAGGCCCUUCAGAGCUUUUGUCUUGAUCAGGUGGAGGCGUUCAUGAAUCUCUGGAACGACGACGAGGAGUUCCGUACAUACUACAUCAGAUGCAACACAAGGAGCACGUUGAGAAGACUAGGAACCCUAGAUGGCCGAUCUCUUGGCCCCGAUGAGGAGCCGACUCAAAUCCCUCGUCCGACAAGUGAAAGAGCUUCAAACCUCGGAAACGAGAAGCGUGAAAGCAUUCCUCCAGCUUCAGCCCAACAAGAGAAGGCCACUCGUUUCGAAGAUGCGAAGGCCGAGAACACUAAGGUCCUGACCAAACCCGCUGAGCAAAAGAAUCAGAGUAAGAAACCCGCCAAGUCCAGGCCUCUACCGGGUGGAAUAGAAUCAGUUUCUAGCAGGAGAGAGGAGGAGGAAGAGUCGGAAACGGAAACGGAAGAGAAGAUUAAGUUAACGAAAGAGGAGGAAGAGAGGUUAAGGAAGGCGGAGGAGAAGAGAAAGGCGGAGGAAGCUGAGAAGAUGAAGGAGAAACGUCGGUUAGAAGAGAUCGAAAAAGCUAAAGAGGCAAUGGAGAGGAAGAAGAAGAGAGAAGAGAAAGCUAAAGCAAGAGCUGCCUUGAGGGCUCAGAAGGAAGCCGAAGAAAAAGAAAAGGAACGGGAAAAGAAGCUGCGAAAGAAGGAGAGAAAGGCGGAAGAGACGACCAUUCAAUCUCCAGAGAAUGCACUUCCAGCUUCAGAGGCUCAACCCGAGAUCCCGAAGGAGAUCGAAUCAUCGGAAAAACAGAUUUCUGCGGCAAACCCGUCGAAGAAAUCACGGAAACAAUCAAAAUUCGUCAAGAAAAACAAAUCAAAAUCGAUUCCGCCUCCGCCUCCACCUCUGAGAAACCGAAGCAGCAGCAAGAGAAGGCUGAGGCAGUACAUGUGGAUAGCCCUCGUGGCUCUGGUGGUAUUGGCAUUGUUCCUUCUCGGUAACGCAAAUCUCUCCUCUCCCGCCAAUCUCUGGUUCCUUAUAUAAAUCAGUUUCCUUUUUUGCAACAUUGGCCUUUUUUUUUGCUCACUUCCUCGUCAGGUUUCUCUUUCCAAACUCUUUAUUAUCUAUUAGCUAGCUGGGUAUUUUCAUUAUGGGUGUUUUUUUUUUUUCAAAGUGGGGAGGUUUGAUUCUUUCAUUCACACAAGACGGAUAUAUAUUGGUUUUAUUGGUUUAUCCCACAAAGACCAUAUUAUUUAUAUA